AAAGUCCAAUUGAAAAAAUUCAUUAAAACCCCAAAAUCCCUUCUUCUCCACGCACGGUAUCGAUCGCCCACUGUUAAUCCUUAAGGUCACCAUUUUCACAGCUCCCCUUUUCAAUCAAGCUUAGUAUCUUCUUAUUUUCGUCAGUUUUUCCCGUUUCUUGGAAUCCAAUCUAGUUACUGAAGAUAAAGGAAAGAAAAAGAGAACAUUUUGAAGAAAUCUGUCGAAACUAGCGAUGGCAUAUGUGGACCACACAUUCUCGAUUUCCGACGAGGACAUAAUGAUGGGAACCUCAUACAGUGUGAACAACAAGCCCCCCAUCAAGGAGAUCGCACUCGCCCUCUCCCUCCUCGUCUUCGGCGUGCUCGGAAUCGUCCUCGGCGCCGUAAUGGCCGUUAAUAAAGUCGGCGGAGACCGCGCUCACGGGACAUUUUUUGCCAUACUGGGUGGAAUUUUAUUCCUUCCUGGAUUCUACUAUACACGGAUUGCUUACUAUGCAUACAAAGGUUACAAAGGUUUCUCCUUUGCCAACAUACCUGCCGUCUAGCUAUAUGUUUGGUUACACUCUCAAACAAUGUACAGAUACCUCUUAGUUCACUGCUGCUGCACUCGUCUCUUUUGUAUUCAUUGUGUUUCUAGUUCUGUACAUCGUGGCAGUUCACAUGCAUAAUCUAAUUUCGUGCCUCAUAGACGACGCAGCAAGUGUGAAUCAUCGUAGCUGUUCCAUUGUUAUGUAUGUCUGUGGGUAUUACAGUUUGUUGGAGUUCAAGAUUUGUCAGUACAUGACUGCUUAACUUCGAAUUUCUUUUCUAUA